GGCGGACAAUGACCGUGCAUGCUUUAAAUUUUUUUAUUUACAAUCAUAAACUUUAUUCUUUUGGAAAACGUUUAAAAUCAUCUGACUGAUCUCUCUUCCUCGUAAGCCUUCUUCUCCGAGCGCCACGUGCCCAGGUUGUCCACCGCUUUCUCCUUCUCCCAAUCAGCCAACCUUAUCCUAUCUCUAGUUCUCUACCUCUACGAAGCUGCUCCUCCACACAUUUUUCUUUCUGGUCUCUUUUUCUUGCAUCCAUCGCGAGACGAGAGGAGUCACGACCAGCACUACCAAAACAACUAGGAAUUAGAAGAAUUGGACAUCGGCCAUUGGCAUUAGCAGUCGAAGCUCCUCGGUUGCAUCGUUGGAGGCGGCAAAGCUGCAAAGAAGCGUCCAUGGAGGGGAGCCAUGGCGAACACCACCACAGCGGUAGGGGGUCCGAGGUUUGCAGUUGGCGAUGCAAAACGGCGCUCGUGGACGAGAGCCACGAGUCAGUGCUGCAAAGAAGCAGCUCGUCCACGACAACUAGGAUGCAACACAAAAACUUGUCCACGGUCGUUGCGCUGCAUUGCAACCUCGAUUGCGCUGCAAUGCAGCCUCGUGCUCUCACGGAGGAGCGCUCGUCGACGGCGGGGAAGCUGCAAUGGAGCGUUUGUCGCCUGUGGAGGAGCAGCAAUGGAGCACUCGUCGUUGGCAGCGGAACUGCAAUGGAGCAUUCGUCGCCCGCGGAGGAGCAGCAAUGGAGCGCUCGUCGCCGGCAGCGCAGCUGAAAUGGAGCGCUCGUCUCCCACGGAGGAGCUGCAACGGAGCGCUCGUUGCCGGCGGAGGAGGAGCAAUGGAGCACUCGCCGUUGACAGGGGAGCUGCAAUGGAGCAUUCGUCGUCCGCGGAGAAGCGGCAAUGGAGCGCUCGUCGCCCACGGAGGAGCUGCAAUGGAGUGCUCGUUAUCCGCGGAGGAGCAGUAAUGGAGCGCUCGUCGCCCAUGGAGGAGCUGCAAUGGAUCGCUCGUUGCCGGCAGCGGAGCUGCAAUGGAGCUCUCCGAUGCAACACUCAUGUGAGUCAUCCCGGUGUUGCAUCGACAACGUCGUUACCACGACCAGCGGCGAUGCUGCAGAAGCGAGCUCCCAUGGCCGGCGGCGGUGUACUGCAGGGGUAGUGCUGCCGCAAGCGCGAUGCAAGGCGAGGAACAACAAUGGGCUAAGCCCGGUGCUGCUAGCGGGCGCGACAUGGUGGGGUGUGAACAAAUUGUUGUGUUGGCUGUGAGGCGCGGAAGACGAGGCCACAUCGACAUUGUAUUGCGUCAGAACGACGUGGCUAACUUAACUUAAUCCAACCUUUGUGGGGCUUUUGAUCGAUGGUUGGGGACCCGACUGAUUUCCCUACGAAAUCAGUUUGAUGAUUCGUAGCAGGCCUCUGUUUUUUUUAGGAUCAUAAACCCUAUUUACAAAAAUGUAUAUGCAAAAACGUACAUGUCGAUCAUCAAGUUUGUGUUGGACCGACGGCACAUCGAAUAACAUUCCUUGCUUAAAAUUUUCA